ACGUCGUUAGCAUCGGGUAACAAUGGCGGAAAACUCAACGCUCCAACGCGCUCCGACGACUGGGUCAACGGGAAGCUGUAACUGAAAAGGACAACGAGGAGAUCGUGCAGCGGGACAAGUUAGUCAAGAUGGCGGCUUCAAGGAUGUCCCCGUAGCGAGGCGUCGUCGUUAGGACUGGGACAUCAAUCAUGGCGACUCACCUGGAAGCUGCUGCGCCGCCUGCAGGACUCUCGGAGUACUGCAGCCUCUGACCCCAAAACUCUUUUGUACUAAAGCUUGGUUCGGCGCUCUCCUCCAUGGGGAUUAUUAUUUAAUGAAAGUUGGACUGUAAUCUUAUUUAUUCCUUCACUCAGUGAAGCUUUUAUUUAACAAAAAAAACACUGAUAUCUGAUCCCAGAUCCAAUGAGUGCCUGAAUGAUACUACAAAGUACUAACGUGCUUCUAUUGUACUCCUUUGAACCUCUAAAGUGUGAGUUAUUCAUAGCAGUUUGUUUCAUUGACUGUCUUACUGUGUAUGACAUCCCAAUAGGUACUAAUAUUGGUAGCAGGGUAAACGUGUACAUGUUCAUUAUCAAAUAAAAGGUGCUGUUAUCACUUCCCCACUGUGUAGUAUAUUAUUUAUAGUAAUAAAGACUAUGUAUGUUUUAAUGUAAAGACUGCCAAUUAAAACGCAACGUUAUUCAUUCAUAAAUAUUAUCAAAUGCGUUUGAUCUCGAAUAAAGUUCUAGUCAAUUUUCCCGACUUGUCAGACCGGAUGUUGUAGAACUUGUUGGAGGUUGGACUCUCCCGGAAGGGUCCAGCUGCUGCAGAAGACAGUGUUGCGGUCAGCACGGCUCAGAACUUCAACCGGACCGGCGGGAUGGAGACUGAUGCGGUUUCUCCGGGCGUUCGGAUCAAAUCGGAACCGGACGACGUGGAGAUCCAGCCCUUCACGCUCCUCAAGAAGCUGUCCGUCAAACUGACCGACUGCAGGCUGUGGCUGGAGGGGCGGGACUUCCUGUCUCUUGACGAUCAUCCUCAGCUGAGGCCGAAGCAGCGCCGUCUGACGAACACGGGCAGGAAGAUGGUCUACUGCCCCGAGUGCAACCAGGGUUUCUACAAGAGGGCUCACCUGGAGGCUCACCUGAGGACCCACCGGGGGGGGAAACCCAACGAGUGCUGGCGUUGCGGGAAGAGCUACCCGACCCUCAUGAGCCUGGUGGUCCACCAGCAGGUCCACGAGCGCAGGGAGCCCUACCACUGUUCCCACUGCGACAAGACCUUUGCCCUGAAGAGGGACUGGAAGACGCACCACCGCACGCACUCUGGCACAAAGCCCUUCAGGUGCUGGUUCUGCGGCGACGGGUUUGGCGAGCAGGCAGAGCUGGGUGAGCACCUGGAGACCCACCAGGGGGAGAAGUGCUACCGUUGCAGGGUCUGCGACAAGAGGUUUGUCUCCUACCAGGGCUUCAACUUCCACCGCAGGUCGCACAGGAAGCCCAAGCCGCUGCCCUGCCCCAGGUGCGAGAAGACCUUCGGCAACCCCCAGAGCCUGAAACUCCACCAGGUGACCCAUUCCGACAGGAAGCCGCAUCAGUGCCCCACUUGUGGCAAAGGCUUCAAGCUGUUGAGCGGCAUGCGGGUCCACCGGCGGACCCACCAGGACCUGCGGGACUACCACUGCGCCCAGUGCGACAAGCGCUUCUCCAGCCUGCAAGGCCUGAAGCUGCACGACCGCACCCACACCGGCCUGAAGCCCUACCGGUGCACCGAGUGCGGGAAGAGGUUCACGCAGUCGCCGCACCUCAAGUCCCACAUGGUGACGCACACCGGGGAGCGGCCCUUCCUCUGCACCACCUGCGGGAAGAGGUUCACCCAGUCGUCCCACCUGAGGUCCCACGUCACGCUGUUCCACGUGGGCGAGAAGCCCUUUGCCUGCGAGGACUGCGGGAAGAGCUUCACUAUCGCCCACUACCUGAAGAUGCACCGGCUGAGCCACACCAAGGAGAAGCUGUACCAGUGCUCCUACUGCGACAAGGCCUUCUCCUACCACAACUCCUGGAGGGCCCACGAGAGGAUCCACACCGGCGAGCGGCCCUUUCGCUGCCGCGACUGCGGGCGGAGCUUCGUGACCUCCGGCUCGCUGCUGAGCCACCGCAGGACUAAGCACACGGGGGAGAAGAGCCACUACUGCAUCACCUGCGGGGAGUUCUUCUUCACCAGCUCGCUGCUGCGGGUCCAUCAGCUCGACCACACCGGAGAGCGGCCGCACGCUUGUAGUUGCGGCAAGACCUUCAAGACCAAAGGGGUGCUGCGCUACCACCUGAAGAGGUUCAUGGACCACCAGCCGGCCGAAUGACAAGGGCUGUGGUUACCUCCUCGGCUCCUUUCCUCACGACGAUUCCUUGACCUCAAAGGAGGAAAAGGGGUAAAGGGAGGUCAUGAGGAGCUAGGAGACAACUGUCUUCACUGAGCUGCAUAGCUGUGACAUCACUGAUGGGGAACUACAACAGAAGAUGGACCAUCUCCUCCUAGAUUCUUCCUGUGUUCUGAAGACUCAGAUUAAAAAUGAAACUUUGUUAGCGUUGCAGGAAAGAACAAAAGAAGGAAAAUCAGAGAAACUGAAGAAUUGUCCAAUAAUGCAAAAAAAAACAAAGCUACUACAGUAUCAACAUCUGCGCAUUUACACGUUAUGACAACAGUUACUGUCAUCCCCUAAGUCACUUUAAAUGACACUGCCGCAAGGCAUUGUGGGUGGGAAUGAUCUACUUUGCUUUGGUACAGGAAGCUCCAGUGUUUCCUAUCCUAAAGAAGCUAAUAAAGGACACACUGAAAAAGCUUUUCUAGAGGAGCUGAUGAAGGAACCAUUGAAGAUCCUACAGGAAAGACACUUGAGUUCUUCAGUGAGGAACCAUCACAAGAAUAAAACCACACAGAGGGAAUCGGAUUGUCUCAAACCCGUCUGUCUGUCUGGGGGACCAUGUGAAACACUAACUCAGUCCCAUGUGAGAUCUCUUAAGCUGUUUUAAUAAACUCAAUAAAACACCUUUAAGCUGAAAGGAAACUUUUUUUUAA